CACUCACAUAGGACGAGAGACGAGCCCGACCAGCUCGUCGUCGGUGUGGUUGGGGAUAGCAGCCACCAUUGUUGGACAGUCUUACUGGCGAAUUCCUGUGUGGCCAGAAAUGAUCCAGUUGCGAUAUGGAAUCUGCAAAGGUGGGACCCCUUGGAGGUCGAGGCCUUAUAUUGAAUGGGCACCCCAGCUCUAAGUACUCGGACGACGACGCAAUCCCCUGGCCUUUCAUUUUCCUCUGGCGAAUUUUCUUCCCUCCCUCGUCCUGCCCUGUCUCGCCCCCGGGUCCCGUGCACGAGGUCACGGGGUAAAACAACACUUCGUAGCUUCGUAGCCAUCGACGUAGCGAAUGAACAGCUGCAAGCUUGCCGCAAGUACAGGCGAGAUUCGCAAAUAGAACCUGGGGGAACCAUAGUCACGCCCCUCCAAGGGCUCUCGGCUGGUAACCGAUGCGGCAGUAGGUCGGCUGCCGCCGGCAAGCGUAAGCCGUCUACGCGUCUUCCCUCCACUUUCCGCCUCUCGUGCUCUCGGGAGGUUUUCCUUGAUCCCCGAUUCUACCAUUUCGAUCCCCAACCGGCCGAGCGCCUAGGCGCACUGGAUUCGAAGGGGUCCAGGGGAUUGCGGCGGGGAACCGGUCGUUCGUUUCCCAGCAACCAGUUUCAGCGAGCGGCAUGUGCGAGGGACAAAGCCAUCCCCGUCACCAUGUCGCCUCCUCGUCAAGAUCACAGAUCUCCGACGCUUCCAGCCGAACCUUUUCGUUUCGAGGAAUGGUCCAUAAGAUGGCUUGGCAGCAUUGCAUUGCGCUCGAUCGCACGACGACUUCAGCAGGUUUCAUAUUCGGAAGUGAGAAGUGGCCUUUCUUGGCAGCAGUGCGUCUUCGAAACGCAGCGGUCGUCAGUAAUUGCCUACCGAGAUCUCGCCGCCUUGAAGGCGAGCAGUGCCACAAACCGUUCUGCGUAAACCAAAUGUUUCAUCUGUCGUCGGCCUCUUCAUUCGAAAGUUUCAGAUCGAUUCAUGAUGCCCCUGGCGGAGAUCAAUCUGUAUCUUCAUGUCCGUCAGUCUUGGGUAGAAUUCGUC